GGAUCUUCUUCUUCCCCCAAUUCGGAAGAGCGCGAUGCUAACAACAAAACACCCAGUGACCAUACCCGCGAUAUCAAUUAUCAAAAAAAAAUUCGCUAUUCCCAAACUUUUACUUCAAAACUUCACGAAGUCGCCAAAAAUCAAGUCAAACGGCAAAAUGCAGAGUUGUUCGCGAAAAUUAAUGGAAUUUAGUGCAACUCCAGUGGUCUGCUCGAAUAGAGGUCCCUUUAUUCAGGCUACAUGCCAAACAGAGGGACCACUAAACAUUAGACGAAGAAGAGGGUGCAAGGCACACUUCGAUAAACUAGCGCCACAAAACACAACGCAGCAAAGUGUUUGUAAACAGCUGUCGUGGAUGUCUGCCGGUAGAGGGCGCUCGCGCUUCUUUGUUGGCAUUGCCAGUCGCGAGUGUUGGAAAUGCUGCCCUGCAAACGCCAUAUUUAAUUCUGCCUGUUUUAAUAAAACGCGAAGAAAGUCGGAAUUUUCACGCAAAACUAUGCUUAAAUGCUUUUGAAAGUGUAUUUAAAAGAACUGUCUUAGAAUGUUUUAACUCCCGAAGGAAUACAAAACGAUAGAGGAAACGAGCGGCUCCCACGCAGUUGCGUUUUUGGAAAGUCCGGAGCCAGCGAGAAAUGGAGCAGUAUAUUGUUCCCAUCGAAGAGCCCGUUUACUCGGAUCUGCAGGUAGUGCAAGUGCCCCAAGACGAGGUGGGGUCGCUGGUUCUACAGGAUGACCAGCAACUGGUUUUUAACGAUCAACAGCAAGUAGUGUACCAAACAGCAGCCCCGGCCCAAUAUCAACAGGCCCAGCCCCCUCCUGCACCGACAUACCAUAUCAUAGGGGGCGACGAUGUUGCCCAACAGCAGCAGCAACACCAACAACAGCAGCAGCAGCAACAACAGCAACAGCAGCAGCAGCAACAACAGCAAGUUGUAAUGCACCAUCAGCAGCACCAAGUGCAGCAGGUCCACUACCAGCAACAGCAGGAUGCGCAACAGCAACAGCAGCAGCAGCAACAACUUCACUUGGAGCAGCAGCAACAGCAGUACGUUCAGCAUCAGCCGCAGCCGCCCGCCCUCCAGCACACGCAACAGAUUUAUUACACCUCCGAGCAAGUCCUGCAGUCGAAUGCGAUUGUCCAGCACAUGCAGCAGCAGCAGCAGAAGAAGCAGCAGCAGGUGCUCCAGCAGCAACAGCAGCAGCAGUACCAGCAGCACGCGCCCUCCUACCAGGUUCAGGCCAGCCCACAGCCCCCCCAGUUGCUGCAGACCCCCCCGCAGCAGCAUCAGCAAGCGCAGCCGACGCAAACCUUGCAGCUCCAGACAUCUCCCAGCCAGCCUCAACAGCAGCCGCAGCAGCAUCAACAGAUUGUCUAUCGCAUGACAACAACGCCCCAGCAACAGAGGCCCAUCAGCAUGUUAAACAACACACACGUCAUUGUUCAACAGCAGCCAGUUCUGAUACAAACUCCGCAGCAUCAGGAACUUAUUAUGCGUCAGGCCACCGCCAUUCACCCGUAUAACAACCGUGUCGUUUACGCCACGUCCCCGCAACAGCAGCAGCAACAGCACGUCCUCCAGCAGCACGUCCAGCAGCAGCAAGUGCAACAGCAGCAUGUCCAGCAACAGCAGCAGAUGCAACUGCAGGCCACGGCGCAGACGGCUCACCUAGUUCAGACCCGUGUGGUGCCGCAGCAGACCCAAAACGUCGUCUACCAGCAGUUGCAAGUUCAGAAAGUGCCGCAGCAGCAACCACAGCAGCAGACUCAGGGGCCGCAACAGCAGCAGCAGCAGCUGGUAGCCCAGCAACCUCAGCUCGUGGCCACUUCCGUCGCUGGAGGUGGAACUCAGCUAGUUCGCGCCUCGUUCAGGGCGAAGUCCCCGCGAGGUGGAGCGGUUCUGACCAGACCAGGAACGUUAAUUACUACCAGGCCGACUCUGACCCCCACAGCUAUCGUGAGACAAGUGCGACCCAGAGGAGGAGCAGCGGGAGGAGUGGCUGGGGGAAUCGUCCGUGGAAUGCGGCCCACAGGCGUGAGACCCCGGGCCCAGUUUGUGGUGGCGCAGGCCAGCGGGGCCGAGGGUCAAACUAUGCAGAUUGUGACCCAGGCGCCAAUGAAGCAAAUCACCAUUAGCACGAACGUCGGUCAGGGCCAGCAACAGCAGCUGCAGCAGCAGCCUCGUCACAUCUACCGCACGCAUAUGGUCACCGAUGGAGGUCAGCAGCAGCAGCAGCAACAACACAUGUUAAUGAUGCGACAGUCCCCGAUCCGGUAUAGAGCUCCGGUCUCCUUGAGCUCAGCAGUGCCAGCCCCAGUUGCAAGUCCUGCAGCCACCACCAAUGCUCCGACCCAGCCAUCCGGCACUAUUGGGAUGGACGUGGAGGAGACGAUUCAAGCGGCUGUGCUGAAGAAGCAACAGCAAAAGCCCCCUCCUCCUAUUCAACCAGUCGCCCCCCUCCAAAUGCAGCCCAUGCAGAUUGGUUCGGGAACCACCCUAACCACGUUUUAUCCUGGAAACAAUGCCACCCAGGAAGACGAUCAGCCGCAGCAGCAACAGCAGGUGGUGCAGAACACUAGUCAAGUGGUGCGCUCCGCCAGCGGCUCCAGUAUGUCCUUGGCAGAGUAUAAGAAGCGAGCAGCCUCCACGGCACCGGUGGCUGGAGCCAGCCCAGGACUUACGCCUUUGAGGCCAUCUGCGGCUGGAACUCUGAUACGUCCGGCGUCCAAACUGCCGCAAUCGCCUCUGUCGCUCGGAACGAGGAUCAUGCAACCUCAACGAGCUGUCGUAGCCCCCGUUCCCGCCCCUGCUCCACCGCCAUCCAGCCAACAAGGCUCUUCUGUGCAGCAAACCUCGCACAACAACUACGAAAUACACUCGCAGCACGUGCUCAACAACCGAGCUGGCCAGCCUAUAGCUGACCGGGACAAGAACAGUGCGAAAAUGUUGGUCAUCCUGGCCAGCGGCGAACAACGACUGAUAACCUUUACUUUACCACGGGAGUCCUGCACCGUGCAGGAUCUCCUCGAGCAAGUCGGAGUGUCCUUCGACAACACCACCACCAUUCAGUGUGUGGAGCACCGGGGUGCCAAUGUGGACUUUGUGGUCACAGUGGGAUUCUCUGUGAACGAAUCGGCCAGCGAACUGAUAUCCCGGGCUGAGGAGAGUCUCCAGAUGAACCGCCAACCCGAAAACACCUCCCAGUCCGCUGGAGCUUCCAACAAUUCGUCGACGAGUGUCUCGCCUGCCUUCGCCCAGGCAACUGCAGCAGCGGAGCAGGCGAAGCGCGAGGCAGCCAGUACCUCUGCUGGCAGCCAACCAAAUACCCCAGCAGCCGCUGCGGCUGCCACCAAUGCAUCUGGUCCCACAGCAAGCCGGAAGCUGAUCGACGGAUUUCUGGCAGUCUGCCAGCAGUGCGGCUUUACUGGAAUGGAUCAUGCCCGCUGUGAUCGCUGCAAGCGCGUCUUCUCGGAGCCCCCGAAACGAAAGUCGUACAUCCUGAAGUCCAGUGCCGCGUCCUCGCCAGCCUCGUCAACCUCGAGCGAACCAGUCUCCACGGUAUCAGCUGUGGUGGUGGAAAAGAAGAGAGAAAUGGUGGCGGCGGCCCGAUUCAAUAAACAAUUGGCCGGAGUUGCCUACGGCACGGGAGUAGGCGUUGGUCCACGCGGAAGAGGGUCACUGGCCCUGCGUGGAGGCAGAUCCCGGGGUGGCAGACGAGUUGCCGAAGUAGAUCCCGUCGUGCUACUGAGCAGCGAAGAUGAGGCCGAUGCCGACGACGGAAGGACAGAGGCUGGAAAUGUGCCAUCAAACAACUCUAAAAUAAAUUCCAACGGCACUCUGCACCAAUUUUCUGCUUCUUUCUCCUGUGAACCAACACUCCCGGAUAUCGAUGAGGAACCGCUGUACAAAGAUUUCACUCGCGACGAUGUUCUUGAUCUGUCCGAUGUACAGGAGGCGGAGAAGUUUUCCACGUCUAUUACCUGCAGCUCUGUGCGUCUGGUGCCCUUCCGCUUCGAACUGACCGAGCCGAUCUACUUCACCUCCAAGGGCAUCCGAAUCUCCGGCAUUGUGCAGGACAUCGAGAACGACAAGGACGACAAGUUCACGCUUAACAUUCACAAGCACGAGGUAAUAAAGGUAAUCGCACAUUUUGGAAAUGCGGACAAGACGCAGCCCCUAGUCACGCUCUACUUGCUGAAAACCUGCGCCCAGUACGUCAAAACCGAGCUGCAACUGCCCGACGAUCCUCUGGAUGACCGAGACACCCCCUAUAAGUCCAGCACGGUGCACACCCGUCGCUUGAUCCUGCUCUUCGACAGCAUAUCCCUUUCCGCUCGCGAGACCAUCAAGUCCAUGUUCAACUGCCUUGAUGAGAUAUCCUCCGCAGACGCGGCCGAGAUAAUCGAGCGAAUAGCCGAUUCGGACCGCAAGACCUUGGACAAGAACACACAGCCGUCUUCGCGGCAGCUUAGAGCCGAUGAGCAGGUCAAUCUCCUGAUGUACCCACCGAAGGGAACCGGCAGCUUGUGCAUUCGCAUGGAGGACUAUGUGUGCCUCACCAAGGAGUCCUACCUCAACGACAUCAUCAUCGACUUUUACCUGCUCUGGCUGCGCAACAACUUGAUUCCAGAGGCUCAGCGCGAGAGGACGCACAUCUUCAGCACCUUCUUCUACAAGAGACUGACGACGCUAACGCGCCCGGCCGAUAUGAAGCAGACGGCGGCUCAGAAGCGCCACGCGAGGGUGCAAAAGUGGACCAAGCUGGUGGACAUCUUCGACAAGGACUUUAUCAUAGUGCCCAUCAACGAGCAGUCCCAUUGGUUCCUAGCCAUCAUAUGCUUCCCCAACCUCAAGGGUCCAGUUACGUAUGACACCAACCAGCCCGUAGAACCCCAGCAGCUGAAGAGGCCACGCGGGAAGAAGGUUUCUCUGCAGAUUGGAAACACAACCAUAACCCCGCUUUCGAAGAGGGACGGAGCUGCGCUGCCGGCCGCCCUCACGGCAGACAAUAUAUGCCGGAUUGCGGACGACGAGAGCGAGAGGGACGAGGCGGAGGGCGAUGACAGCGACAUGGCCUCGGACGACAGUGAGAACUCGAACUCAGCCAAGGAACCUGCAGCCAGUACUGCAAGCACGCCCGCCAGCACACCCUCUGCGGCUUCGCAGCCCGCAUCCAGCGGUCCAGCGCGGGUCGGAAAACAGGAUGAAAUCCCUGCCGUCAAGCAACCCCUCAUCCUGAUAUUUGAUUCGCUGGCCGGCGCCUCCAGGAGCCGGGUGGUAGCCACUCUGCGAGACUAUCUCACCUGCGAGUACCGCGUGAAGAAGCCGGAUGCGCAGGCGCACGUCUUCAACAAGGACAACAUGCCAGGCCACUGCGUCAAGGUGCCCCAGCAGAACAACUUCACCGACUGCGGGCUGUAUCUCCUGCAGUACGUGGAGCACUUCUUCAGUGACCCCAUCAGAGACUACAGGCUGCCCAUCAAGCAGCUGACCAACUGGUUCGAUUUCCUUACGGUGACGAAAAAGCGCGAGGACAUUGCCAAUCUCAUCCAGCAGCUGAUGGACGAUGGCGACAAGCAGCAACAGCAGCGACGCAUCCUGCCCGUCAUCGAGUUCCCCACUCUGAAUGGUCAGCUGGUGGAGUAUCCGGAAGACACAGAGAGUGCCGAGUUCGAGGAGGAGGAGGGUCAUGACGAUGAGGAUCCGGGAAGUGAGUUGCACGACGAAAAUAACGCCGUCACUGAGAUGGAGGUGGAUCCCGUGAACGAGGAGCCGAUGCCGGAGGCCAAGGUCACACCGCUGGCCGUAACAACGACCUCGGGAAAGCGGUUUGUGCUGAAACGCCGUCUGCAGAACGGAUCUUUGUCUAGUCCCAGCAACGGAAACGGCAACGGCGACUCGAGUAAUGGCGGGAGCACCAUAAUGCCCCAGCUGGUGGCCACGGGGACGAACUCCACACCCGGAACCGCCACUCACCUGGCGCCCCGCGGCCCAAGUGGCGGCCUGAAGAUCCGAAAGAUCGAACCAUAACAUGAACCGACUCUCCUCAGGAGAGAGCAUCCCGAUCAUAAGCCCUACCUGCCUGCGCUCAUCCAGCUGCCACAGUUGCGGCGCCCCCUGUAAAUACACGCCUCAUCGGUUAUUUUAAUGAAUAUAUAUUAAUUCCAGUUGUUUCAUAAAAGAUCAGGAGUGACGCCACUAGAUGGAAAAAAACUAAAAUAUAAAAAAGACUACAUUCAUUUGUAUGCAAUACAAUACAAAUAAACAUUUUUAUAAUAAUUACUAGAAAAGUUAAAA